CAAGAAGGAAGAAUGUAGACGGCGGACCGGUAGUGUGUGGAGUCACAUUGGAGUAUUUAGGAUUCGCCGGUUCUCUAUUUUGGAGAACGUCCACAAUUCACAUGAGAGUACACCAGCAAUAGGACCUAGUCAUGAUUGUCUCCAGGGUGAUUCCACGUCUAAAUGUGCUCUUCAGAUCUGCAGGUUCACAACAGUACCAGUGUAAGGGUGUGUGCAGUGCUGUACAGCUGUGCCAUUCAUCCAGAUUUCCAACUAUUAAAACACAACAAUACUCCACGUCAGCUGCUGACAACAUGCAGCCCCCUAAACUAUGGACAGUGUUAGAGCCAGAACUAGAGGAGGUCCUCAUUCCACGAAAACUCGCAGUUUCUCCUCUGGAAAGCUGGCUCUCGCUGCGGUAUUCUUUACCUCCUCUUCUUGAGGCUCCUAUGCCUCUGGAGGAAGGCGAACUGAUAGAAAAGGCAGUGGUGUUGCCCCCUUCGGCCAUGCCCAUAUUGGAAGAUGGUGAAAGCUCCACACCGCUGAGUUGUAAAAAUGUACUUGAGAUCAGACGAAGAAAGAUGAACAGACACAAAUACAAGAAGCUGAUGAAACGAACCAAGUUUCUGAGGAGAAGGAUCAUGGAACGCAGACAAAAGAGAAAGCAGGCAAAGUUUGAGAAGGAUCUAAAGAGAAUCUGGAGACGAGCAGGACUGAGAAGUGCUCCAGAGGGAUGGACCACACCUAAAAUCUAUGUCAGACAUCAAGUAAAGCGACGUUAGUCACCGGCACCAUGGAACUUGACUCUAAAAAUAAUAUAUUUGUUCAUGCUUGUACAUCUUUCAGAAAGCCUGUAACUGGAUUCAUUAUCAGUUUUACUGACUUCAUAAAAUGUUGUACCAGAAGUAAACAGGUCUUUUACCA